AUUCAUCAUAUACGGUAUCCAAUUAAGACAAUUGUCCUUACUCUUUGUAGAGAUCAAGAAGAAGAAUAUCAAAGGUAGCAAAGUAGGCUUCAAUAGAGUACGAUCACGGCGCAUUUUUGGUGACUUUCUCCUUGGUUUACCACAAACCUCAUUCUUCUUUAGUCGAGUUGGGGGCCUCCUGGAGCUCAGUUAUCGGCAAAAUGACAAGUUUAUGGCAGCAAACGUGUCAUUCUCUUCCUUUACAGAGAUCAUUGGAAGAGAUAACCGAAUGGAUAGAUUCCGGACAGUCGCUUCCUUUGAAUAGUGGUUCUCCUGCAACAGGAGAGUUUCUUUCUGGUUGGUUGACUGGCUAUAGAAAACAAAACUCUGCAACGGAGCCCAUCGAAUCAACUACGACAAGUGUCGGUAAUAUGAGGAAAUCUUAUCAUCUUUGCAAUGAAGACAGAGUAUUCAACUCAAAUGAAAAUAUAUCUGAAGUGAUUCAGAAGAAUGGAACAAAGCAUUCUUUGUCCUUUGUUCCCAUUGCACCGGCAAUUUCAUCAAGUCAGUAUGAUCGAUGUCUGAAGCACAGCUCGAAUAGAGCAGCUUGUUCGGAUGAAUUUUUGAAUGAAGUAACUGACUUAUCGGGGACGACUGCUAACAGAGGUAGAAAAAUGACUCCAAGAGAAAGGGAUAUUAUGCUUUUUAAGAGGAAGCUUAGGAAUCGUGACUCUGCGUCGAGAUCAAGAAUGAAGAAGAAGAUGAUCAAGGAAGAGUUGAAUAAUGACUUUGAGUCUCUCGUUCAUUUCUACCAAUCAAAGGAGGAAGAAGCCGAAAAUUUCAUAUCACGAGCUGAGAAGAAAAGAAUGGAAUUGAUUGAUGAACGUCGUCGUUUGGUGAAAGAGUUGGAGUCGCUUGGCACUGAGUUGCGAAAUGCAAAAAAGCAAUUGAGGCACAAGGAAACGGUGGUUAUGGAUAAAUAUAUGCAACAGAAGGAGGAGCGUUUAUCCCCUUCUCAUAGUGGCUUUGAAGGAAAGAUGAGGCAAAUGGCUCCGUUUGAUAAUGUUGAACUCGAACGAGGAUUUUUAGAGACGCCUCCCAAGUCGUCUCGCUUGAUUUCAAGUUAAUUAUUUACUGUUACUUUUUUCCGCAGCUUUUGUUUAUUUUCGUUUUGUAUUUUUGUAACCAUUAAAGAAAUUGCAAUUUCUUUUACUUAUAUCGUCCUGUUAAACAGAAAUAGCCAAUAUAACUAUACAUUAGGCUAUUUUAACA